CUCGUUCUCUGUCUUAAAAAGAAACAUCUCGUAAAAUCUCUGUCUUUCUUUCUCUCUGCCUCUCUUAUCUCUCUGUUUUUUUCUUCUCUCUCUCUCUCUGCAGAGUUUUCUUUCCUUCUAAGAAAAGAAAACAACACAUUCUAAAAGUAUAAAAUAGGUUUAUAAGCUUUAAGUAGUUCCAGAGGAGGAUUUUAGAGGUUUUUAUGUGUACCAUAAAAGUGGCAAAUCAAGAAGGAAACGUUGGUAAAAAAGCCGAGUUUACCACUCGAGAAGAUGAUCAUGGGACGUUAUCUGACAUCGAUCAAUGGCUUUACUUAUUCGCGGCCGAAGAUGACCACCACCUCCACCGUGAUAACGCUCUCGUACCUCCCUCGUCGUCUUCUCUUGUGUCAGGUUAUAGCAGAGAGAUGGAGAUGUCUGCAAUCGUCUCUGCUUUGACACAUGUAGUCGCUGGAAAUGUUCCUACUCAUCAAGACGGUGGUGGUGGAGAAAGGACUUCGAAUUCCUCUUCCUCCUCCGGGCAUAAAAGGAGGAGAGAGGUGGAUGAAGAUGGCGGUGGCGGCAAAGCAGUCAAGGCACCUAAUACUUUGACGGUUGAUCAAUAUUUCUCCAGCGGCAGUUCUACUUCUAAAGUGAGAGAAGGUUCGAGCAACUUGUCAGGUGGUUCAGGCCCAACAUAUGAAUACAUGACUACAACAAAUGGUAACACCGAAACGUCGUCGUGUAGUGGGGACCAACCUCGAAGAAGAUACAGAGGAGUGAGACAGAGACCGUGGGGUAAAUGGGCGGCAGAGAUUCGAGAUCCGUUUAAAGCGGCUAGAGUUUGGCUCGGUACGUUCGACAAUGCUGAGUCAGCUGCAAGAGCUUACGACGAAGCUGCUCUUCGGUUUAGAGGCAACAAAGCCAAACUCAACUUCCCUGAAAACGUAAAACUCGUUAGACCCGCUGCAACACAAUCUGUGCCACCAACCGCUGUUCAGAGACCAACUCAAUUAAGGAACUCAGGUUCCACAAGUACCCUUUUGCCCAUAAGACCUGCUUCGGACCAAAUCGUUCAUUCUCAGCCGUUGAUGCAACCGUAUAACUUGAGUUACUCAGAGAUGGCUCGUCAACAACAGUUUCAGCAUCAUCCUCAUCAUCAACAAUCUAGGGAUUUAUAUGAUCAGAUAUCGUUUCCGUUGCGUUUUGGUCACAGCAGAGGCUCGACGAUGCUAUCUACGUCAUCGUCGUCAUCUCAUUCUCGUCCUCUGUUUUCUCCAGCAGCGGUUCAAUCGACGCCAGAAUCAGUUAGCGAAACCGGUUACCUCCAGGACGUACAAUGGUCACCAGACAAGACAAGCGAUAAUAACAACUAUAAUAAUAGCCCAUCCACUUGAUGGAGUUGCUUUAUUUCUUAUAUAUAUAUAUAUUUUUUUUUUGUUCAAAUUCUUAUUUUUUUCUUUCACUAUAUAUAGUAAUAGAAAAGAGAAAAAAUGAUUAUUUGUUAUAGGGUUUAGGUUUGUAUUGCUUUUUUCCAUGCAUGUUCUGUUUUUUCAAUAUUUAUCAUAUGUAUUUUGCAUAAUAUUAACUUGUAAAACAUGAGAUAAUUUGUUUACU